AUGAGGAUCGGAAGGGGAUGUGAGCGCUGUCGCCUUCGUCACAUUCGGUGUACCACUCGGACUGGAGCCUCCGCCUGUAACGCUUGCACCCGCUUAGGCCGUACCUGUCGUCUCGAUCCUCCCUUUCGUUUCAAGUCUGUUCGUCAUGUCUAUCAGAAGAGCCAAGGUGCUGCCUCGAAGUUUGAACUGGAGUGGGAUUCAAGGCAGACAUGGGUGAACGUUCCUCGGUCUUUGACCUUCGUUCAGGAAUCGGCGGAAGAGUCCACGGACGGAAGUACAAGCGAUGCUGCACCAGAUCCUCAGGGCGAUCACCCGUUUCCGCCGGACGGCCUUCAUCCAUCUAUAUCUAAUCACUUCUCAGCUCACGUACCUUACUCCGGGCCUCUGAAUCCACUCGAGGAGGUCCCUACUAUUCCACAGGCGGAAGCCUCCAUCGCCACUCCCUCGGUGCUCGAUGAACAAUUUUCGGUCAAAGCCACAGCAAUCUCUCCCAGCGCGAUCAAUGACAGAGCCUCUCCAUUAGCAUCCACCAGUACGUGGGCCUCACCAGUGACCCCAUCGACACCGCGGUCGACCUCCUCAUCGACGAUGACGUCUCGGGAAGCAUUCCUGUUGCGCUCAUACAUCAACAAAAUAUCACCUUGGUUAGACAUCUGUGACUCAGGGUCGAAUUUCAGUACGGAAGUACCACGCAGAGCGCUCCAUGUGCCAAUAGUUCUAAAAGCGGUGCUAGCCCUAUCUGCCCGACACGACGCGAUCAUGUCCGGGGCGAACGAUUGGGAAGCCUCCGAAUACCACAGCCAAUGUGUCGAGCUGCUCAUAGCUGCUCUCGCACGGCCGGAGGACACAUACGAUGACAACCUGCUCGUAUCUGUAGUGAUCCUGCGGAUCUACGAGGAACUCGAGAGUGCGACCGAUGAAAAGUGCCAUUUCCUCGGUUCCAACCGGCUCCUGAACACCAUGUCUAGAUCUGCAUCGUCUGGCGGGCUGACGGAGGCCGCUAGCUGGCAGUUCCUACGGCAGGCCAUCUACGCCUCCAUCGUCCAGAAUCAGCCGAUGCAGCUUGAUUUGAGGAAUUAUGAACAGUCCUCGGUUUUCAAGCGGAGCGACGAUGCAGCCUACGCUAACGUUAUCAUCUAUUACUGUGCUCGGAUUCUGCAGCGCUGCUCGGACGGCCAUGUGGAAGCCGUGGAUGAGGAGGAUUGGCAUGAUCUGUGUAGGACUGUGGAGCACUGGUAUCGCGACAGGCCCGUCAGCUGGCAGCCGUUGCAGUAUAAGGAUGCCAAUGUUGCAGAGAAUCAGCCGUUUCCUGAAUUGUGGGUAAUUUCGCCUCCGGCCGUGGUUGGACUACAGUACUAUCACACCUGCCAGAUUCUCCUGGCGACAUCGGACCGCCAUUGGGGGGUAGUGAGCAACUACGAGCGUGCUCGUCUCCGACGGAUCGAAGAGGUUAGUGCUUUCGGAGCGAUUGCGUCACACGUGGUGCAAGUGAUUGGGCUAUCCAUGUCGAAUGAAACGGUUGAAAAUGCAUAUUUCAUGGCGUGCCACUUACUCUAUCGAUAUGGACAUUGCCUGCGCCAUCCUGCCGAGAAGCGGGGAUCGCUCCAAUUCCUGAGACAGGUGGAAGGCUCCGUGGGCUGGCGCACGGGAUGGAUUAUCCGCGAAUUAGAAGAGCAGUGGAGCGAGUUGCAAGGAUUGGAUUCGUGA